UUUUAGUCGUCGGCGACGUCAGUAGAGCCACGGUUUCGAACGUAUCGUCUGUUCGCUGUUCCUCAGUGUGCGUAGUUUUAUACGAUAGCAAGCUCGCUCGAUAAGAACGAUUCGACGCAAGCCACUCUCCCUUUCAUUUAUCACAACAUGCCUCCUUUAAGAUCAUUUCGCAUCAUUUUUGAUAGACCUAGUGCCACGUACUUGUCUGGUGAACGCGUCAGUGGUAAUAUUAUCGUGGACGUUUACGGUGACAAGCAUGUUCGAGGAGUAGUGUUCUGCGCUAAAGGAGAAGCACGUGUACAUUGGACUGAAUCCAGAAGUACGAAGGAUUCUCAUGGGCAUAACACGACAGAAACCGUUCAUUACUCUAAUCGCGAAGAAUACUUUCAUUUCAAGUACAAUGUGAUUAGUACAGAUAAUUCAAGAUCGCGGGUGACGAUUCCCAGCGGAUCCAACCAGUACCCUUUUGAAUUUCAAUUGCCCUAUAACAUACCGAGUAGUUUCGAGCACAGGAUCGGACAAAUUAGAUACACUGUGAAAGUAGUGAUCGACAGGCCGUGGAAGUUCGACCACGAGUGCAAGGCAGCCUUCACCGUCGUCUCCUCUUUGGAUCUGAACGAGCAUCGUCACAAUUGUUUAGGAAUCGACGACGAGGCGAAAAAGGAUUUCUGUUGUUGCUGCGUCAAUGUUGGCUCGAUGAGUGUGCGCAUCAGCUUGCCGAGUACCGGUUUCGUACCGGGGCAGGUGAUAAACACCAGGUACGAUUAUGAGAAUUCGUCCGACAGCGUAAAAAUCGAGGCUCUGUGCACGAAACUGGUUCAGAAAAUGACAUUCCACGCGACAUCUAAAAGCAAAGAUGAGACGUCCCCGAUAAUUUCGACGAAAACCUCUGGCCACAUCCCGGAUCGCGGACAAUAUACGGCAGAGUUGAGAAUACCGCCCAUAGCACCGUCUAAUCUGCUCCAUUGCCGCAUUAUAGAUUUGGUUUAUCAAACGGUCGCCACCGUUCACGUUUCGGGACCGCAUACCAGAAUUGAAAGGAGCUAUCCCGUCUUGAUUGGAACGGUACCGCUCUAUUGUCCACCGUCUGCACCUCCUUUAGAGGACGUAAACGUUGCACCUCCGAAUCCCACUAAGUCAGAAAAUGGACCUGCGACUAUGCCAGCUAACCCGCCUCCUUAUUCAUCGCUCGAACCGACUGCUCCUCUUCCAGGACCUGGACCUAGUUCCCAGAACAUCGGUUUUGUCGAUCCAAACCGACCGAAACCCAAUUGGAACAUACCACCACCUUCCUACGAGGAAUGUACAUCAGGGGCUCAACACAUCAGGGAUGACGACGAAUCGAAGUAUGUUUUCGGUGCAGAUAAUUCAUUCGCACCCAGAUACCCCGUAUUCAGCUACCCAACGCCAAAUGUACGCAACAACUGAUAUUAAUAAUGUGAUAUAAUAUCAGAUAUAUUCGUCAAGCUACCUCUAUUUAUUUAUACAUAAAAUUCUUAAUAUCUAUUAGUAUUUUGUAAUCUGUAUGCGUGUACAACUGUACAUUUGUAACGUUUGUAUGUUUGUAACCAAAUAAAUGUGGUCUUUGCAAA